AUGGGCGACGGCGGCGACGGCGGGUUCGACGCGAUCGUCGCGUCGCGUCGCGACGACGCCGGGGAGGCGAUGCGCGCGUCCAGGGACCUCCCUCCCGGGACGCUCCUCGUGCGCGUCGCGCCCUUCGCGGCGGUGCCCUACCCGGACGAGAUGCGCCGAUCGUGCCACGGGUGCUUCCGAGCGUGCGGCGCGGAGCGCGAGUGCGGCGCGUGCGGCGUCGCGCGGCUGUGCGCGAGCUGCGCGGGAUGCGAGACGACGAAGGCGUACCACGCGUACGAGUGCCACGCGCUCGCGCGGCUGCGCGACGGCGAGCGCGGGCUGACGCUCGCGCACAACGACCUUCGCUUGUUACUUCGCGUGCUCAGCGUCCGCCGACGUCAUCGCGACGUCGUCGCGUCGUCGUACGCGACCGCGGCGAGCGACGCCGCGGCCGCGAGCGGCGACGUCAUCGUCGACGACGUCGACGCGUUCGACGCCCUGAUGUCCGGUGUCGACGGCGGCGACGACGGCGAGCUCCCGGAGUCCUCCAUCGCGAUGCUGCACGAGGUGGCGAAGCAAGCCAAGUUUCUCGUCGCCGCGGAGGCGCGCGCGUCCGUGGACGCCUGCGUGCGAACCCUCGGACGGCUGCAACUGAACGGGUUCGAGAUGACCGCGAGCGCGAGCGAGGAGGAGGAGGAGGGGGGGCGCGGAGGAGGAGGAGGAGGCGGCGGCGGCGGGCAUCGGCCGAUCGGCGUGGGCGUGUACCCGUCGGCUGCGAUGUUUAAUCACGACUGCGCGCCCAACGCGGCGCAGCGGUUCGACGCGUUCGGGUGCGUUCGGGUGGAGACGACGCGGCGGGUGAGGAAGGGCGAGGAGCUCACGAUACCGUACGUGGACGUGAUGCUGGGGAGGGAGGAGAGGAGGGGGAAGUUGAGGAAGAAUUUCGCGUUCGAGUGCGCGUGCGCGCGGUGCGAGCGCGAGGCGGGGUGA